AUGAGGUGCUGGGGUGCUCCUCCGUCGAUCAGUCCCCAACUCCUUUCCACGUACAGGAGGUUCUGGUUCUUCAAUGUGACCAAUCAGCAGAAAUUUCUGGACGGAAAUGAACCUUUGCACUUGGUGGAAAUCGGUCCAUACGUAUUUCGAGAGGUCGUUGAGAAGAAUGUGACGGGGACGUUUGAGAACGGGACAGUAGAAUAUUAUGAGAAGAAGACGUUCUUCUUCGUGAAGGAAGAGUCGGUCGGUGAUCAGAGCGAGUUGAUGACCACCAUCAAUGCUCCCAUCCUCGUAAGUCCAUCGUAUGACAUCUUUGAAAAGCGGAAAACUUGA